GCUGAUGAUUCGGAUGAUGUUACAGAAAAUGGCGGCAUAUCCUAUGGAUGUGACCUACGCCACCGGAGGCCACAAUGAAAAUCUCCAGGAAGUUCAUGCUCACGCAGAGUCUAUUAAUUCCCCGUACCAGCCGGAGCGAUCGGGAGUACCCCUUCUCUGCCACAUCUGCCCCAAGAAUUCGACGUUUUCCGAUGUCUCCCACCUUUUAACUCAUAUCAGCUCGAAAGGCCACCUGUCGCAGUACUUCAACUUGUCGAUUGCCAGAGAGACCGAUGAGCAAGCCUCUUUCGCGCUUCAGGAAUUCGACGCCUGGUUCGAUACCUACGGAAUUGGCCAACUGCUUCGUGUGCGCAAAGCGGCGAGAGCCGAGAGAGGCUCUCAACAACAGCGCCGAGGCCAAGUCCUUAGAAAUGCAACGCCAAAUCGAUUGACUACGCAGGGUGGUAGCCGUCGGGCCCGUGGCCAUCGAGGAAUCAUCGGUUCUCGUGGUCGAUACUCCCAGGUGAACGAUUCCAUAGAAGUCAAGGAGGAACCGGGAGAGGGUCACAGAUUGUGUCGAAGCUACGGCGGACCGGAGAGCCCUCCCUUUGGUUCGUGGGAAAGCAACCUCAUGACGCUGAUUCAUCAGGGCGAUCGGAGCAUGAUACCACAAGCAAACUUUGGUGACUUGGGAGACGAAGACGAUUCUUCGAAAUACGAGGGGUCCGAGGGCACAACUUUCCCGUCGGAGUACAUCAUGGAGUCGACAGGCAUGACUGAGGGAGACGCGGAUUCUCUUACACUCAAGGGCGUCAUCUACCCAGGCAUGGGUGGCUUUGACGCCGCAAGGGAAGAGCAGCGGCGGAAGAGAAACCAACGCAAGCCUGACGGUGUGCUCCAACAACUCGAAGUAAACUCGGCCUUGGUUACAACUGAGGAGGUGGUGCUCGACCCUGCCCUCAAUUAUCAACGGACACGAGACGUUUACGACGAACCAUCCGUAGAUGGCAGCGAGGAUGACGAACACGAGGAGGCGGUGGAAAAGAAGCCAAAGCGCCGAGGCUCUCAGGCCACAUCUAGCACCAAGAAAAAGGCGGCUUCAUCCCAGCGCACUACGCGUACUACCCGUUCAGCUACCCGUGCUUCAGGAGCCACCGAAGCCUCUCCGAAUCAACCUGUAGCACUCGAAAAGGUGGCUAAAUCGUUCGCUGAGUGUAGCCCACCGUCGCAGAUACAGUUGCCCCUACAUAGCCACGGAUUUCAAGGACAGGAAAGCAUAUACAUCGGCCACAUGGGCAUGGACAAUGGAGGUUGGACACACCUUCCAUGGGUUACCGGAAACAUUCCGGCUAAUAUUGAGCAGCAACGAGCCGUGCCGACACUCCCUAUGAUAGGGGAGGACGACACUUUGAGACCAGGAAACCCCAAUCUUUCCUUCACAUCCACGGGCCUGGAGAUGAAGAAAUCUUCGCAUUUCCCCGGCAAAGAGAAUAACCAUUCGACGCUGAAAUCUGCCGCCUUAGCAUCUCAUCCCUACUUGCAUUCGAACGACUCAAUUCAGGGUGAUACGUACAAUCCUCUAUUCAUCCAACCCCGAGACGGGCUGGGCUUUCAGAUGUAUCCGCAAUACGAUGACGAUGUGAAACCCGUGACGACUGGUUUCCAACCCAUCAACGACCACGGGGAAUUUAAUUCGAUCCAGAUGCCUGUUCAUCACAGCUCAGCUUAUCACUCAACCCAGGGCGGCAGUGGCAGUUUCAACCUUUAGGGAUCACAGGCGGCCUGUCUUGUUUCCGCUUGCAUCUUCCCGCAUUCCGAAUUCCAUAAUUUUUGGGGGCCCUGUAUUAGGACACGACGACGACGAUCAGAAUCAUGGAUUCAUUCAGUCUGCAGCUUGCUUGCUGCUCGUCUACUAUGAUGCUUUUCUUCGUAUUCCGACCCCACAUCAUCAACGGCGGCUCUUAUUUGGACCAGAGGCGACGCUUCUUGCCUUGUGGCCGAUUUCUCCUCAACACUGGACUGAGAAAGUAACAUGCCAGUGUUGACACGACUUAUCUCGGUUACACGGUCUCUAAUGCCGCCUUUUCCGUCCUGUCCCCUAUCAUCCCGUUAGCUUGCUAGGUGCGUUUAUCUGAGGUACCUUCGUUAUCUCGUUGUACUUUCGCUGGCGACUAACUAUCUGUUAUAGGUAGGGUUGACCUCCUCCAGUCCGCAUUACCGAGCCAUCUUCAUACCUGAACAUCUCAUUCUGGACCCGGCAC